AUGGAAUACUCAUAUACGCCGUUGCAAGACGUCAACAGCAUUAGGCUGCUUCAAUUAGAACCAGGCUAUGGCAACGCUCCUCUUAAAGCUCAUCUUGCAACCUAUCGACUCGAGGAGCAUUACUCUUACGAUGCUUUAUCCUACGUCUGGGGCGAGCCAGAUCUGUUCGAAUCAAUCGUUGUCAACGACCGAACACUACAUAUAUCGAAGAAUCUCCACACUAUCCUUCUCCAGCUCAGACUUCCGGAUGAAAUCGGAAAUCUAUGGAUUGAUGCCGUCUGCAUAAAUCAGCAAGAUGAUAUUGAGAAAGGUCAGCAAGUUGCGAUAAUGGGACAAAUCUAUCAGCAAGCAAAUACUACCCUCUGCUGGAUUGGGCAGCUUUCAACACACCGAUUGUGGGCGUUGAAGUUCCUUCAAAAGCUUGCAGAUGAAGCUCCGCAAUACAGUACGCUAUGCGAAGUGGGACCUUUUUGGACCGUCACCGCCUAUGGCGAUAUUCUACAACCCGGUGUGGAUGUAGACCUAGUUGUCGAGGCUGCACUACAGGCGCAUGUGGAGGCUAUCUACGAAAGUGACUGGUUCACUCGUCUAUGGAUUGUACAGGAGCUUGCACUUGCAAGCAACCCGAAGAUUCUCUGUGGCGCGUUCAGCCUAAGCUGGGAUGAGUUCGACUCAGCGACGCGGAUUAUUAUGAGCUGUCUUUUUGAAGUUUCGUCGCCCCCUAAAGCCAUGGUGUCUAUAAAACACGCAUGGUAUCUCAGCCAUCGCCGUGCAAAACACUCCUUAAACAUGCGUACAAUCAAUUCUCCCCAAAUAGUUAUUGACGUCGAUCCGCAGUGGAGCACAGGUGGUGUAGCUUGGGAUAUGAGAAACAAGAAAUGCAAAGACGACAGAGAUAGAGUCUAUGCGCUUCUGAGUCUUGCUGUUAGCGGAAACGGCCUGAAGUUAUUUGUGCCGGACGCUUUCGUUCCCGAUUACACUCGACCCGUUGAAUGGGUAUACCGCGAGUAUUGGAGAAGAUAUGGAGGGCCAAAAUCGCUCUUCUAUGCUGGACUUUCCCGUCGUCGUGAUCAUAGAAAACCAGAUACGAAUCGAGUCAUGGAUGACGCCGCAUCGACAUGGUUCAACGACAAUUAUCUACCGUCUUGGGCACCGGAGCUACGUACUCGUCAUACAGAAGAGUGGAAACCCAUAUUCGGCUCAGACUAUGGCACUUCCACCACGCUUCAAUACAAAGGAUACCACUUUACCAAUGCGCCAAGUAUCAUCAUGAUUCGUGGACACCGUUUUGAUGUCGUGGCUCGUGGUUUCCACAUAAGUCAUCGUAUCAACCCUAGCCAAAGCUGGGCAGAUUUUGUCGAUCUUCGCACGACUAUUAUAUCAUUACUAUCGCUGGAGUCCAAGUAUGAGCCUUACCCGAGUGGUCAGACGUGGACUGGAGCUUUAGGAUCCACGCUCAUGACUGAUAUGCCUUACAAUCACGAGCAUCCUUUCCAACGAUAUCUUAAUGCUGCUCAUCUCAACAUUAGAUUGUCCGAUAGCGAACUCUGCAGGAUCUGGAAACUUUAUCUGGAACUCUUCCUUGCAGAAAAUGGUGCUGGAUGGAAGGAAUACUGCUCAGUUGCCGGUUCCGCUAUUAUGUCUCGUAGAGGUCUCCAGUUCCAUUCUUCUGGGAAACUUAAACAUGAUUGUGAGCUAGUUGGGAUACUGCACUCAUACAUCGGCGACGUUCUCCAAGCCCAUCGUCUUGUUAUCACCAAACGAGGGUACAUGGGCCUUGCUCCCCCAGAUACUACUGUUGGUGAUGUAGUUGUGGCAUUCGGAGGACCAAAUGUCCCUUUUGUAGUACGCGAUGUCGGUGAACUUGUGGCAAAUGGAGCUCGUUGGAGCGUAAGCGCAGGCGGUAUUCAGAGAAAUCUGUCUCAACUCCUCGGGCCAUGUUACCUUCAAGGCAUUAUGAGGACAGAACUUAUGAAUGAAGAAAGAUACAGGAAGGAGUUUGAGUGGGAGAUAAAUCAGCUAGGUAUGAUUCCUAAGCCGACUUUGCAUUUGAUAUGA